AUGAAUUGGCGAGCGACUCUGCGUAUUUACUCUAACAGAGUUAUUUACAGGGGGAUCUCUUUCCAACUUCCCAUUUCUACUUACCGACUGAUCUCCCCCUUUGAUCGAAAAACAGCCUGGUCGCGUCGAUAUUCAUCACAAUGGACGUCCAACCCGCGAGCCUUCCCAGUCUUCGAUCUCGGGCUACUGGAUUCAUCGCUCAAAAUCGAGGAAGAGCUUGCAAUGGGGCAUGAGCCCAACGAGACAUACACAUACCCCGCCGAGGAGGAAGAAAUCCUGAACAACAGGUACCAAAUUCUACACAAAAUCGGCUAUGGGCCAACAGCGACUGUUUGGUAUGCUAUUGACUUACUGCAGCCCAGAAUGGUUGUUUUCAAGAUCUAUGUUGUGGACCAUAUGCUCAAGGCUUAUGGACGGAUCCACCCACCAAAGCAAUACCAGCAAAACGAGUGUCCGCUUCACGAAGUUACCGAUCGUUUUCCCAUCAAGGGUCCUCGCGGCCCUCAUAUUUGUGUUGUUCACGAGGCUCCCCAGAUCGAUCCAGAACAGAUGCAUUCGGACGACAAGCUGGGUCUCGAAGCGAUGAGGUCUACAAUAAAACAAAUGUUGAUCCUGAUGGAUUUCCUACACACCGAUUGCAUAAUGCCAAACAAAGCAUUCGACGUUUCUUCCAGUGACAGACGAGGUUUGGGACCCAGCAAUAUCGAGCUCAUCACCCCAAUGAUACUCCCAGGCGACGGUGUUCCCCUUCAUCUGGACUUUCCAGACGACGACAUGCCCGGUAUCGUCGAAAAGCACUGCAGGUCUCCUGAACAGGUCCUGAAAUCGAAAUGGGAUCACAAGGCAGACGUCUGGGUUGCUGCUGUUGCUGCAUGGAAUUACACCAGUUCCCAGGGGCUCAUCGACGGACGAAACUCAGACGGGGCUUUUGAUGACCGGGUCCACAUCGCAGAGCUGGUUGCUCUACUUGGCCCACCUCCACCGGGGUUCCGUGAGAAGAUGCGACUAUCCUCCAUGUUCUGGGACAAAGAAGGGAAUUGGACGGGUCAAGCUCCCAUACCAGACCGAAGCUUGGAGAGCCUGGCAGCUAACAAUAUCGACGGCGAGGACGUGAAAGGCUUUGUGCAGUGGAUGCGAAAAGCGCUACAAUGGGACCCUGAAGAUCGGCCAACGGCUCUGGGACUUUUGCGCCAUGAGUGGAUGUCCCGGAAGACGGAGCCUUCGGAGGGGGAUGGUAUGGAUGUAUCUGACAAGAGCAUCCGAGACUAG